AAGAGUUUUCAAAAUGGCGGCCUAACACACUUUACCACACUUCACUGACAGACCCUCCGGUUGUUUUCCCUGAGUUUUACUACAAUGAGGUUGUUAAAACCAAGCUGGGUUUCUCAUGAAGGUUAGGUUCUCAUAGAUACAGUAAAUUAAGUUAUCCCAGUGGAACGUUUUCAGAUAUCGAUUGUGCGCUUGUUGCUCGUGUGCCUACAUAAGCCUCAGCUGACAUGUGUAAACUCUCAAGUCGAGUGCAUGAUAAAUGUAUCUCACUUUUAUUUGAAAUCUUUAUGAAAGUUACUUUAGCUUAUUGUUGUUUUUGCAUGUGAACAUGCAAAUAAUCACUGCCUCUGUAUUUUUCAGUUGUGUAGAAAUGAAACAUGAAAGUACUGGCCCCAGUUGUUCAAGAUUUGGAUAGCGCUAUCCACCGGAUAUAUCGCCAUUCAGUAGACCAGUAUCACGAAAGCCAUUGUCUUUAUCUACUGGAUAGUGAUUUAUCCAGUGGAUAGUCCUAUCCACCUUUUAAACAUCUUUGGCCAGGUGUAAAAUGAGUGAAAUAGACAGAUGUUGGUAAUACAACUGCAGAAUAGUAACCUGUCACAUCAGCUACAAAUUUCUGCAUAGUAAGUUACCUUAACUGCUUUGUGAUCUUGCAAAAACAAUAAUAUGAUAUGAUUAUAUACAAUAAUAUGGUCAAACCCUGUUAAUAAGGACACUGAGGGGGCGUCAGAAAGUUUCAGUAUAACCGAUUGUCUUUAUUAAGAGGGUUGAAUUAAAAGAAAAUGUGAGGGCUUUCUUUCUGCAGGGCCAUGGAAAACUGUCUGUAAUAAUGAGGUGUCCAUGUUAUGUGGGUGUCUGUAAAGCGGGGUUCCACUGUAAUAAUAAUGAUAAUGAUGAUUGUGCAGUUGCAUUCCCAACAUCUGUCUAUUUGAUGAUAACAAAAAUGAUAAUGAUAACAAAAAUAAUCAUAACUAUAACAAAAUUCUCAAGCCUGAUUGGCUAGCAAUUGGACAGUGCAAGAGGACAGUAUGCGUCGUGCCUAUUGAAUAGUACACGCCAUCAUGCAUGCAAGAGAACUCUUGGAUUUUUUGUGUUUUUAUUUUAAAGAGGGCUAAAAACAUCACAAAUUUUGUGGUAGUUAUGAUUAAUUGGUAACAGAACUUCAUUUCGUCCAAUUCUGUCUGUAAUCAUGCUUGUGAUUUAGCCCUGUAAAAAUGUGCCGGCAACCGGCGAUUUCGCCACCUGCAACAAAAUAUCUGCCACCUACUUUCCGGUAAAAUUCAUUGACAACAAAGAUGAGGUCUACUAGUUCAAACAGAAAGUAAAAAAAAACAGAAACCGUUUCUUGUAGUGAAUCGAGAAGGUCGCAAAUAUUCAAGGAAAUGUACACGAAAGGGAACUUGAUUUCACGCUGAGCGGCGGGAAUCACUGGGGUCAAGGAACGUCUUGAACAUAACCAGGUGAAAAUGAGCCACUUUGGUGGUCAGGAGUCAAUACUCUUGCAGUUGCUCACCAAUUUCUCAAAGCCCUCGAACACACACUCAAAAUUUCAGCCCCCCCCCCUCAACAUCUUCAUUAUCUUCAUACCCUCUUCUCUAUAUUAAAUGAAGUUUUGGCCUUAUCCAUGUUUUCUCUGUACAAAUAUUAUAAAAAAUGAGCAAAAGCAAUCCUAAACAGAAAGACUAACAAUGUUUAAAAUCAAGUCCGAGUAUGCUUUUGUCUAUUGAUUAAAGACUUUCACAACACUUCAUUUCACACACUGUAACUACACUGUCCCUUCAAAACCAAAUUAGCACUUCCACAACUACCUCAUUGCAAUGCCUAAAAUCACUUUUGCUUCACAAAGUAAUUAUUUUUUGUUACUUCAUAUUAAAUUCUACAAGAAACAAGUUUCACUGAUUAACAAACUACAGCCAUUAUCUUGCCAAUUUACGUCCAAUAUAGCUGCACGCCUUCCACUUCACACAUCUCAACCAACCGAUAGAAUAUACAAUGCUGCGGCACUACUCAUACAUCCCUAAUAAUACACAUAAAAAACAACUUUACACAUGCCCAGUACAUCAAGGCCCAAAUAUAUAUGCUUCCACAGCAUCUUGUUUCUAGUAAUAUCAUUAAUGAAAAAUAAUAAUUAUUAUUAGUAGUAAUAGAUUUAAUUUCUUGGGAAAUAUAAAUUUGCCCUUGCAAUUUCAGGUCGACCUCUGUUUGCAAUUGACAUUCAUCCUGAUGGAUCCCGCUUUGUUAUUGGUGGUCAAGGUGAAUAUUAUAUAAUUUUGCUAGAAUGUGUGUCAUGGAUACAUGUACGUGUACAGUAGAAGCUCAUGUACAUAAGCCACCUUUUUGCUCAGUUUAUGCUCAAGUAUUAGUUGUUGUGCAACAACCAGAAGAGCAAAGGGGUUCAUGAUUGAUCAGGCUAGCUGAUUCAGACACAGUCAUGUCUGCACAAUUCCAAACAAGACUAGUAACUGGAGUAGCAAUGACAGCAGUGAUUCACAAGUAUUUUAUGAUCCUCGCUGACUUCAUUAUACGGUGUGCAAAAAUCGAAAGAAUUCAUAAAUUUACUCACUUUUUUUCACUUCGUUUGCAGUCUUAUGUAGCGCUGUCAUUAAGAGGUGGGAGACAGGGAUUUUCACUGACUACUAAGAACGUGGCCCCCAGCUACUUUCAUAGGAAAAUAGAAGAAAAGUAAAACCAAAAGAAAUCCCUAGCUGUUUUAUUCCCCACCUACUUGUUUUAUUUACCCUGUAACUUGAAAUCUUAGUGAUGUCCCUGCUUAUGCUUAACUAUUAAAUACAUUUUUUCACAUUGUGCAGGAGAUGACUCGGGAAAGGUCACGAUCUGGAACAUGGCACCCGUAAAAAAUGAAGAGGAUGAAAUGAACGAGAAUGUGCCAAAAUUGUUGUGUCAGAUGGACAAUCAUUUUGGUGGGUUUGAUGCUAUUUUUUAUCUUUCAGUCGAAAUGUUUUCCUGCUCCUCAGCCAGUAUGUUCGAAAGUGAUCACAUUAUUUUAAUAAUAAUGAUGAUAAUAAAAAUGAUGAUGACAAUGAUGAUCAUGAUCAUGAUCAUGCAAUUGGUGACCAGGAAGAAAUCUAAACUCUAAACAAGAACAGGGCUGACUUGUUCACCAUUGGAGUUUAAUUACUACCUCUCUAUCCCUUUUUUUAGCCUGUGUUAACAGUGUGCGGUGGUCUUGUGGUGGUAAAUACCUUGCUACUGGAGGAGAUGACAAACUCAUCAUGAUUUGGCAAAUGGCAAGGUAUGAUGUACGUGACAAAAAAGGGGCAUGUAACAGACAUCAUGUAUUUUAUUUUUCUCAGCACAAACAAUUUUAUACAAAGCAUAAUUAAGUAAAAUUAAUUUUGAAUAUAGCUGCAGCGAUGAUUUAAACAAUGUAAUCAAUAAUAUUAUUUUUUAUUUAUGAUACUUCUUAAAAACUUCUGAAUGAUAACAAUCAUUAUUCUGAACAUUUUGACAAGUUUCUAGUUAUACCUAACAGUAUCAUGACUUACUGACACCAGUUCUACUCUGUCUAUUAUUGUAACUCUUAUUUCCAUUAAAUUUAGAAUAAUGAUUCAUGUUUACUGUGUAUUUAUCAAGUAAUGAAUGCCUGCUGGAAUUUUGAAGAAUGCUAAAAGAAUGUCUCAAGUAACUCUAGCUUUUUGAGGAAUCUCCAAACUUCACGCUGGAAUACUUUAGCGUUAUUUGAAAAUCUUCUUACACUUAGAUUUUAUAUGUGCAGCCAUGUUUUAUUUUGUUAAAUUUUGUUUCUUUUUUUUUAUGAUUAUUGACCUUUAAUACAAUGUAGAAACAUAAAAAUUAAUAAUUAAGUUUAUAAAAUUAACAUAAAAUAAAUUAUGCCGAGGAUAAUCUAGUUUCAUUUUUGUUGCUAAUAUGAACAGAUAUUCUGUUCCUUCUACAACAUUUGGUGGAAAUAGUGGCAAGUUGAAUGUGGAGCAAUGGCGAUGUGUUCACACACUCAGAGGCCACAUUGGAGGUGGGUAUAAUUAACAAUUAACGAAUGAGGCUGAGUGUCUUUUGAAGAAUUAUGGAGAUCGAGGAGGGUGUUAUGCGUCGAGGCCGUAGCCUGAGGUGGAUAACACCCUCCUCGAUCUCCAUAAUUCUUCAUAUGAUACGAAAGCCAAAUUCAAUAAUUGUUUUAUUAUUCAUUCAAAAUAAUUCCUAGUUUAAAAACAUAGCUAAAACAAUACACUGUACCUCCAUCAAUCCACCGAUGUUAAGGUCAUCUUCGAUAGUGCACAUUUAGGGUUGUUCAGCUCCGCAAAUAUUCUCCAAAUAGCAGAUGUCGCCCUUCGAGUUGUCUUCUUGCUGUUCUUGCCAUGUUUUUAGCUAUUAUUUCGCCUAGUUCUUACUCUUGAAACGAGUGAAAUGUCCGUUGUUUCCCAAACGGAAACAACUCAACCUCUUCCUCAGGUCUUUGUGGUUAAUGGUGCAUUAACCAGCAAAAAAGCUGCAUUUUUGACGUCAUUACCUCGUUAAACACAAAAUUCUUCCAAAUCUGGUCAUCUUCAACUGGUUAUGGUGAAUUCUGCGUGUGCUUUUAGCCAAUCAGAAUCGGGGAACUAUUUUGAAUGAAUAAUAAUAAAUAAUUAAUCACACAAUUCAAGUAGCACUUCAAGAAAUAAGUAGGAACCUGUAAAUCUGAAACCUGUAUUAAGUGGUCACCCUUAAGUCACCCUUAGUUUGACUGUUUAAUACGGGUCUGAUAAACCUACACGUGUACAUUGUAUAAAGAGUUAUUCAAGAAAAUGAAAAUGGUGAAAGAGUGAAUCUAUCCCACGACAAAGUGACUUCAAAGUACUUUUUCUACCUCUUCUUGUGUCAAGAGAAAGGAAGUAAAAGAUCACAAACGGUUAUGCACAGGUCUAUCUGCUGCACUAGUAUGGUUCAUCUUCAAGUUGUCAAAGUGACAGUUUAAUGUAGGCACAAAGACAAUUAUUGAAAAAUAACUUGAUGGGACAAUGGAAAAGUUGAUUGUGACUGUCAAAUUGAGCUGACUGCUUUAUACAGGUCAGUUUAACAAUAACGAAGGCAAAAUGAUUUCCAGGACUUUGGUAAGUAACCCACUUAAUAGAGGUCCGCUUAAAACAGGUUUGACUCUAUUAUUUCUUUAAAUUAUUAUUGUUACAAAUAAAAAUUAUUAUUUUAUUGUAGAUGUGUUAGACCUUGCCUGGUCACCUGAUGACAGCUUCUUGGCCUCUGGUAGUGUUGAUAACACAAUUACAAUAUGGAAUGGUCAAAGAUUUCCAGGUUUGUACUCCCUCUUGAAUAAUUCUUCACCAUGGCUUCUGUAAGCCUUCUUCAAAUCCCCCUUUAUAAGUAUAACAAUGCCACAGUACCAGCUGUAAGUGUAAAGACUAGUUCAAAGUGUUCAUAUGCACGUCUGACUAACCACAUUCUUGUUUAAUACGAAUACAUGUACAUGAAAUAAACUCUAAAAAUCAGUUGUUUUGGCUUUCAUUGCAUGGUAAAAUCCAGGAAUCUGGGGGGACCAUUACAAUGUAGUUCAAUUUCACAGUGGUCCAAACAUUUGCGGUUAAAGAGAUCUGGCACAAAUUUAUGCAUAUUCUUAUUAUGGAAUAUGAUCAACUGAUUGUACAUGUACCUUUAUAUAGUUGUAAAACAUGUUUUUUAAUAAUGCCUGUAGUACAUUGAUAAUUCCCUCUCCUUCCUCACCGUUUUUUUUUUUAUCCUCAGGAUAUCAUCUGUUUUGUGCUGUUUUGUCUUGAUGAAUAAUGUUCAGUUGUAUUCAAAUAUUUUUUCAGAUGUGGUGACUGUGUUAAAAAACCAUUGUGGAAUGGUUAAAGGAAUCACGUGGGACCCUGUUGGGAAAUAUCUGGCCUCUCAAUCAGAUGACAAAUCAUUAAGAGUGUGGCGUACAUCUGAUUGGCAGCAAGAAACUGUGGUAACGGAACCAUUCGCUGAAUGUAGUGGUACAACUCAUGUGCUGCGACUUAGCUGGUCUCCAGAUGGACACUAUGUUGUUUCCGCUCAUGCCAUGAAUAAUUCUGGCCCUGUAGCAAAAAUCCUGGAAAGGGAUGGCUGGAAGAUGAAGAUGGAUUUCGUUGGGCACAGGAAGGCUAUUACUUGUGUGGUAUGGUCAUAAGAUUAGUUUACAUGUAUAUGCAAGUCUUACUGUUAACAAUUCGUAUUUAAAUUAAUUGGGGGAGCAAGGGUUGGCACCUUGGUGAGAGCACUCAUCUCCCAGCAAUGUGGCCCAGUUUCAAAUCCUGGCAUCGACACCAUAUGUGGGUAGAAUUUGUGGUUGGUUCUCUUCUUUGCUCUGAGAGGUUUUUCUUUGGGUAGUCUGGUUUCCCCCUCUCCUCGAAAACUAACACUUCCAAAUUCUACAGUGUAUUUGAUGUGGAACGCAUGGACACAUUUCAACAAGUUUUUAAGAACUCAAGUGUUUUGUAGUUAAACAAAUCACAAAAUUACAAAAGAUUGCAACAACCAAAGACAGGGACUAAUGCAAUUUUCAGGCAUUUUCUGCAAUAUUGUGGGGAAGUGGAGUGGACGCAGUAUGACCACUACAUGUUCAAGUGAAGAAUGUUUACUGUAACUACCUGGAUCUUCAUCAAUCUGUUGUUUUCUCAGUCUGUCAUAUAUGUCCUCUUGUACUGACAUGUAAUCAGUGUUUAACCUGCCCAAGCCCUAUAUUACAAGGCAAUGAUAAUGCUAACUGUCUGUUACAUAUCGUUAACUAUUAUUAGUCCAUACAGUGAUGAGUGUAUGUGAACUAAUAGAUAAUUCAUUUUGUAGUUUAAAUUUAAAUGUGACUUGUACAUUGUACAAUAAAGACUAGAAUAGAUUUUAGAAUUACAUGUAUUUGCACUUAAUAUUCAUAAAAAUGUACUGCAAUCACAUUUUUCAAUUAACAGCGAUUCAAUCCCAAGUUGUUUGUGAAGAAAGUCGGUGAAGAUUCCUCAAAACUCAAGGUAUGUGGCAAGGAUCCGAUCUGACCUGGUACUGUAAUAUUUUAUAUGUUUUGUGUAAGAGAAGGCAUAACCUUGCACAGCAGUCACUAUGCGGGCUUCCCACUUAGACCUGUAGCCACUAUCAGGUUGUUUCCUGAAAUAAAUAACAAAGAUCUGUAAACAGGUUUAACUAUGUAAAUAAUUAUGACAUGAUGAAUAUAUGAGUUUUAUAUAAUAUUAUUUGAACUGUGGGAUAAAAAAGACAUGAAGGCAGACAAGAUCAUCACAGGUACAUAUUAAAGUUGCGUAAUUAACUGUGAUGAUAUGUUCAGUAAAUAAUUACAUGUAUGUCAGCAUUUUUGUCAAGUUUCAAGUAGAUACAUGAAUCAGAGCUAUUUGAAGUAAGAUCCUUUGCAGGCAGUAGCUUGUAAUAUUAUUGUUUUAACUUCAGUUGUUAAUGUGAAAAUCAGGAAAAAGUACAUGUGGUUGAAAUCUAUUGAAAUUAAAGCACUGAAACAGUCACCAGUGACCGAGAUGGUCUUAGUCUAGUUACUUCAUGCUACCAGUGGAUACAUGUACGUGUAGCAUUUUUACCUCCAGCCUGUACAAUGUCUGUGGUUGAUACAUGUAUGUACAUGCACAUGUACAUGUACAUGUGUAAAGGUAAUUGAACCGAGUGGAAUGCAAUUUGGUUUAAAAUCAUACGCAUGGUUUUUUGAAAUCCGAUAAGCUCACUGAGCGAGUGAGAUAAUCACUAAGUGUGGUUUCAGGCCAUUGUACUUCUACAUGAGAAAUUUUGGCAAUUUGAUUGGCUUAGAGCAGUGGUAUUUCAGCUUAAUUUGAAAUACCUACAUGUGAAAAUUACAAAACCAUUGCGGGUAGUAGUAUAAUAGUAGUAUAGCAAAUGAUAGCAUGAUUUUUACGUGAUAUUUGGCAUAAAUACUACUCGUGAUGUUUAAAAACUUGUCUCAAAUUUCACUCGCCUAACGGCUCCUGAAAUUAUGCAUAACAAUUUCGAAAUAUCACUCGUGGUAUUUAUGCCAAAUAUCACUACAAAUCAUGCUGUUACCUAUACAAAUUGCACAACACGAAGUUUAACUACCAUUUUAUUACAGCCACUUUGAAAUCUUACAAUUAAGUUGCCCAGAUACAGGACUUUAGUCACUACCAAUAUUUUGCUAAUCCAGUAGUCGUUUUUUUUUUUUUUAAGUGAAACCGCAAGCGCUUUUACAUCUCAUUUUGUAUGCGAAUCAGAAAUGAUGAAGUUUAGAACAGAAUGUGAUUUAAAUAAAAAAAGGGUGUGAUUCGUGAAUAAAUCACGUAGCUGAGAGCCAAUCAGAUCGCAAGGAUCACCAGUGAUUUCAAAACGGAUGUCAUAAGGGCCUUUAUCAUUGCCUUACGUUAUUUAUUGUCUAUAAAAUAAUAGUUACUGUUAAUUGUCCCGCAAGUAUUAUCGUUUUCAGUACAGUGUGACUUACUUUGUAUUUAUGUGUCCAGCAAUACUCCUGCUGUGCAAUUGGGAGCAGAGACAGAUCCCUUUCAGUAUGGGUGAGUUGAUAUGAUGACCACCUUGGAAUAUCUAGUUUGUUAUCCUUAUACAUAGCUGCGAGUUUUAUAAGCAACAACGUUUCUGAGCGACACACGUCAACCGUAAGUGGACUUUUUUUACAAUCUUGGGGCAUGAUUUUGACCAGAUUUCCGGGCGAAUCGUCUCUUUGAGAGAAAAGACACUUAGGAAUUUACUUUUAAUAGCGUCAGGGCAUAUUAAAAGGGAAAAGGACUUACUUUUGGUUGACAUACGUCGCCAAAAAAACUCACCAAUGUUGUCCCUCCUUGCCUAAGUCCAUUAGCGGCACUACAGCAAAAGCUACGUGUAUGUUUGUAGCUAUAUAGUCUACAAUGUUACCCGCAUAUGGAAGGUGGGUGUUAUCAGCGGACAUCCCCGAUUCACAGUUUGACAGACAGUUUGGAAGACCCUUCAUAAAAAUGAGAUAAAUAGCAGUGGUCCUAAAAUAGUCCCCUGGGGGAAGCCACAACUUAAGCUAAGAAUACCGUAAGUUUAAGAUCUGUAAUGGCGGCAGCAACCCGAACGUCCAAGAAAAAAUAAAAUAACAAAAUCAGUAGGUUUUAAUGAGCGUGGCGAUAAUUUUGCACGCGCAUCACACUAUUUGGUUCAUUUCCUUGUCGUGCCAGCACGACUACGAAGUGAAACCUCUUGAUGCGAGGAAUUAUGGCGGACGCACAAGAAGUACAAUUCUUUUUUCUCUUUCUAAACUUUGAUAUGGUCGUAGUAAUUCAAUUUCAGGAAAAUUCGGCUACAUUUGGCAAAUUGAUUAAAAAAUGGUUGGAAAAGUUAACGCGAAAUAACUUUUUAAGUAACGUUUUCACUUUCGUUGCCGUUCUGUACCGCUCAGAAGUAAGUCGACAGUCACUCGCGUCUCGAUCUUCGAUCUUCGAGACUCGAUUCUCAAUUCUCGAAACUUUCGAGGAUAGAGUCUCGCGUCUCGAGAAUCGAGUUUCAAGGUUUGCGUCUAGAAAAAUUAGGAACUUGUCGUGAGAGCGCACUCUUUUAAAAUGUACAGUUAACUUGUUUUCUAAAAAUUACCUCUGCAUGCAUUGGGUGAGACUGGUUCACUUUCGUGGAUGGAGGGGCAAGAAAAACGUAACAAAGCACUUUUGUGGGAAAGAAGAGCGUUUAUUUUUGCCCGCACUACAGGAGCCAGUAACCGGUUUACAAAAAUUCAAAUUAUGAGAGAAUCUCGUUCUGUUACAACGGGAAGUUGUUACUAACGUGUUAUUGAUUCUUGUUUUUGACAGUUAACUUCAUUGAAGAGACCGCUAGUUGUUAUGCAUGAUUUGUUCAACCACUCAAUCAUGGAUGUGUCAUGGUGGGUUCCUUAACAUUCAAUUUUAUGCUUGGUUCAAUUGAAUCAAAUAUAAAUUGAUGUUUCUCUAUUCGUUGAAGUUUUUCAACAAGCAAAAAUAGUUCUUGUACUGAGCAUAAAAAUGGAAUCAGAACGUUCUAAAUAAGGUAUUUGCGUGGUAUUUAUACCACCAAUAUCUGUAACAUCAAGUAAAUCUUUAUGCUUAGUCGUGGGAAUUUUCUAAGUGAGCCAUAUUUAACACAAAAAGAAAGCAACUACAAAUUUAAGCAAUAUUGGAGCUUAGACUAUAACGAAAGGAAAGUUGUAGGUCAAUGGCAUCUAAAACGCUUUCUUUUGUAAAAUUUGCAUAUUAUACAUUGAUGUUUUUAUAUAUAACUAAAUAACGUUGUAGGUCAAUGGCCACUAAAAUUGCAUUGAUGUUUUUCAGACAAAAACAUUCGGUUACUGCAACGCAUUUUCACGUUUAUCGUAAUGUCGGUUUUUAGUGUUGGCUGUGCGUGUUUAUCUUUUUCUGGUAACUUAUACAACAAACAAAAAUGGUUACAAAACGUACGGUAGCUACAUGUAGAGUUAGCUUAGUCCAGUUGCUCUGUUUUUCUAGUUUCUAUUUGUAGUUUUUUCCCGCUUGUUACCAAGCACGUUGUUGAUAUCGUCGAACGUUUGCACUGUACAUGUAUAAUGUUUUGUAUCAGUCGUUUUUAUUUUUAGUGUUGCAUUUCGGAAUACGCGAAAUACGCUAUGCUUGAACUCUGUUUCACGGGAUUUUCCAGUUUCCUUCCCGUUGUAACAACUAUUAAUUCCAAACUCCAAUUAGAUUAGGAAAUCCAGAACCACAAGUUUGUCUGUCAACGGAGACUGUUUAUUGCUUACUCUAAACUUAGUCGAUUUUAAUUUUUUUGUAUGUAAUUUUAACAGGAGCGAUUCAGGAUUUCAGUUGCUGGUUUGUUCGUGGGAUGGUACUGUGGCUUAUGCUGAUUUCACAGCAGAGGAACUUGGCAGACCAAUGUCUGAAGAAGAAAAGGUAUAUCAAGUAUAUAACAUUUUACAUUACGAAAUAAAAACUGCAACAUGCGUUUGUAACCCGUAAAGCAAUGCCAAAGAAAUAACUUAUAAUUAGGUUUUGUAGAUUAUGGCACAAAUAGUUGUAGGUUGGUUUCUUGAAAUGCGAUGCGUAUCUGCAUUUUGAUCAUACACACUCUCAUUUAAAGAAACUAGAAAGAAUAAUUAAGAAUAAUUACUAGUUUUCUAGGAGCUUCACAAUUAGGUCUUUAUUGUCCAAGACUUGUCAAAUGUUACAUCAUCAAUCAUUGCCAGCAGCUGGGAAUCAAUGCAACGUGGAAAUUCUUAAACAGUGAAGUAAGAAAGGAAAGAGUUGAUAUUUCAACCAGUUUUUUUUCAAAAGACUGGUCACUUUGGUCUACUUAUGGUCAUGUAGAAUAUACCCCUUAAACGGAAUUUUAACAAAGUGAAUGCGAAAGUUGAGGAUUAAGUUUUGGGUGUAAAAGGUAACGAACGACACUUGUGAAUUUGAACUUCUGCGGUGCAAGCAACGUAAAUUUUGUUUCAUAUUAAAGUUGGUGGAAUAUGAUCGUCCGGGUGAGUUUAGUCCUGAAUAGAUCUGUUGUUGACAGUGACUGACGUUUUGACAACCUGUGCAGUAGUCAUCUUCAGAGUCAAAGGUUGUUAUUACAUGUGACAACGUCAUAACUAUGGGUUCAGGUGACUUGGUCCACGAGUCUUCGUGAAAUGUUGAAAUUUAUUGUAUUCGCAGGAAAAGUUUCACAAGCAAGUUUAUGGUAUCAGCAUCAGCAGUAGCAAAUCGAACAUUGCUAUCAUUGAAAACCCGGAAAUGCUGAAGAUUCAGCAGAGACACAUCAUGAAACAACAGACACUUGCUAACACCAGCAAACCCUCCGCACCUCCCCCUCCCUUGGUAUCCUCCACAGGAACACCAACAAAACAGGAGUCAUCUGCUGUGAAUGGUGAGUUUUUAGACAAAUCUCAGAUACCUGCCUUAAAUUGUGAUUUGCUCAAAGCAAUGCAAGCGCUAUUAUUGGUGAGAAUGGGUUCACUACCUUGUGUAAUGCACUGCACGUGUCUUACAAAAGCAAUACAGUACGUUUGUGGGUUCCUCGCUUCGUUAAGUUCAUUCCCGUGUAUUAAUCCGCACUCAAGGAAAGUUUGCGUAUAGAUGUUUUGCCGAGGCCUUCAAACACUAACCUUGUUUUUAAAAAUCGUUCAUUUCGCGUCCUUGUUUGACACAAGAGACCUUACAUUAGAUUAUUUUAGAAAUAAAUGUUGGUACCAAAAGUGAUUUUUCCUGUAGUCCGCCGUUAAGGCCUGCGUGAACGAUCACUGACGCAGCCAUCGAUGAAUCCCUUUUCUACACUUUCCUUGACGAAGAACCAAAUAAACAAUUCAGUUUUGAAAAACAGAAAAAGAAACUUGACAGCAGUUGCAUUUCAUUUUGUUAUAGCAGCACAAGAACACGGUAAGUUGUUCCUGAAGUAUGACCAAAAGGUGGACGAGCAAAAAGCAAAGGCUUAGAAAUUUAUUUCCAAAAAUUUUGUCGUUAGUCGAACACAAGAAAUUUCAAUCUAGAUUUUUACUCGUGCAACUCUGUUAGUUACUCCUAAAAUAGUUAAUUUGGCGCUAAAACGAAACGUAAGGUCAUCGUCUGGCACUCCCUUCCCCACCCUACUGAGUUGAAACCCGAAAUGAGCUUCAAAGUAAUUCCUUUCGUUUACGUUUUGUUUAUAAGGAACAAGUAGUGCAAGUCCCCAAGGUACAAGUUUCUUAACCAGCCCGAUAACGAAAAGUCCAACAGAUCCUGCUGUAAGUACCUUGGAAUAUGGAAUUCUUGGAUUUGUGUUCAAGAUCUUUGCCAUUGGUUACAUUGAAUUCUAUAAUUAUGUUCUGUGUAUCCAUCAUUCUCCGUCUGUAUGUUUGUGUUCAGUUUCGUGCCUUCAUUUCUAAUCUCAUAUCCAGAUACAGUUACAGUAAUUUUGAAUGGAGGAUAUAUCAAUAAAGUUUGGGGGUCACUCCUUGUGGUGCGGUUAAGUCUCGUUUCUUCCCCAACUUUUGGCAUUGCUUGUGUCUUGCCAUCUUAUUCAUUUGCCUUAAUCUUGUCCGAUCCAGCCCGUGCGGCGCUGGGGGAGAUAAGAAAGGCUCUGCCAAUACUCUUGUCCAGUCUUUCAUGAGGCUUGUGUUUUGGUAACCUUUUGUCAGGGCUGUGUUUCCCCCCUUCUUAUUACACCAUCUUGUGUAAUUGUUUUAUUGCGCUAUUGUUGUGUUAACUGGAUGUAUCUUAAGCGGAAUAGUGACAUUAACUGGAUGUAUUUAAGCAUGUUUUCCCUGUUAGCAGUAAAGAAGACGUCUUAAUGACGAGUCUAGUAUUUUAGCUAAUGGCAUAUUCAAUAAGUCUCCAUCCCCUCCAAAAAAGUCAGGAGAGAGACUCUCGUCUCCCUCCUCGAUUUUGUUUGGUUUUGUCUUCCUAACGUUAAGUUCAAGAUUUUACACCCACUUUUAAACUGCCUCUACCGAGGGUGUGCUCUAAGAUACGGUAAAUUGCAGAAAGACGUCGCUUUGAACCUGCUUUAUUCAGUGUGUCUGGCAUAAUUAUAUUUGUUUUUUAUGCGAAAACUAAGAGGCAGCAAAAGUUAGACGCUAGGGACCACCGGGCUUUUCUAGAACACAGCCUUGUCUGCCAUUACAUUUUUCCGUCUCUCGAGAGUUAACAUUUAAUUAUUAUCUUCGUUCUUUUUUCUUAUGAAGAAUGUCCGGCAAAAACAAGUUGAAACGAGAACGAAGGAUGGCCGCCGUCGUAUCACCCCCUUGCUGGUUUCAUCAAUGGAAGUUAGGUAAGAGUGAGCAAGUUUUUUAUCGGGAUUCACCUCAAUUUAACUGGCCCCAACCAGAAAUCAAUGCAAGUCUGUUGUGUUUCCGAACAUGCUAGGGACACAGGUUACUCCGUUGACGGGGCCAGCCAGGAAAACUACCGUCUUUGACGCAAGACCUUCGAGGCCAUAAACAUUCAUGUUCGCCAAUUGGCAAUGAACCGCUAUCAGGGCUACCACUUACCCUGAAUUUAUGGAACAACAGCAAACAAUUCAAAACCAUGGUGCGAAUAACAUUUGAGCGUCAAUGGUGAAGGGAUCAGGUUGGGUUUCGAAAGCUCUGUGUUACUUGUUGUUGUGAAAUUUGUCGGUGUCGAAGAAUAUUUCUCUGUAACAUCAUGUCCCAACAGCUGAAUCUUUAUUCUUUAAAUCUUGUUUUAUUUUUUUGCUUUGUUGUUUGUUUGUUUACUUGAUUUUUGUUGUUGUUGUUGUUUUUGUUUACUUUGGGGUUUAGGAGAAUGGAAAGUAGUAAGACCAUUGGCUCACUUCUGUAGCAUUCAUCUCUCUCAGCGGUUUAUGUCAAGGGUCAUACCAAAUAAACGUGCCUGUUUCGCAUUCUUGGUAACGCUUACAUCAUCUUCAAGUUCCACGUAUCAUCAACGUCUCAAGACGCCUCGCUGUGAAUUAUAGGACUCGUCAAGAAAAUAAAAUCGGAUAUAUUUUUUUUACGUUUGUUACUUUCUUCUUUUCACAUGGUAACAGUUGUUUAUGAUUUUGAGCUUUCAUAAGUCUGCAAUAUCUAUAUAGUUGGGAAACACUAAGUAAAAAUUUCUCUCUUCGCCUCGGGCGUCGCUUCUCUUUGCGGGAGGGGAUUAUCGCGUGCUCGCUGUACUAUAUUUGGAAAAAGAAAAGGACAAUUCGGGCGGCCCGAUAUUUGUUGUUGUUGUUGUUUUUUUUUUUUCAAAGAUGGCGGAGUGCUCGGUCGAUAAUCGCCUCAGGGGAGAAAAUUAUACUCGUAGUGUAGGAAACAUCCAAGUUUCUCAGUCACUUUGGCAGGCUUUGAUUGGUUGACAUUAGAAUUUUGUUUAAAUUUUUUUAGUGAUUCACCUGUACCAUUUGGAGGGUCAUCAGCUGCUGUCUCGCCACCGGCAGGCUCCAAUCUGUGUAGUACAUCCCAGCCAUCCUCUAUUCCUACUACAUCUCAGGUAACGUACGUUUAGUUGAUUAAUAUGUUUUAUGUAUACCGUCCAUUUACCCUUUAAGGUCAUUUCGAGAACGGAGUCUUGAUGCCAUAGAAUCAGGGCAUAGUUUUUUGCCAGCUUUUAAAAUGCGAGACCGCGUUUGAGAGUAAAAUUUUUUCCCUUGAGUAUGGGGUGCGAAAUGCAUAAAUUGGCUGUUUGGUGCAACACCACCCACAAGCGAACACUCAGUCAUGGUCCCUGCAACACUGUAUUACUAACCUCACUUUAAGUAGAUACCUGUGCCAUUAGUAGAUCAUCAGCCGCUGUCUAUACACCGACAGGUUCCAGCCUGAGUAAUAUACAUCACUGACCGUUUGUUUAGAGUUGUUCCUCUGACAAGUUUUAUUUUUUGACGAGUACUCAGUGAGUACUGUUUACCUUCUUAGUUUUGACCCCAGUGACGAGCAGGAGGCAGCGUGACAGAGCGGUUAGAGCGCUGGACUUGCAAUGCAGUGCUUCCAAAUUCAAGUCCUACCCUCACCGCUAGCUGGAUUUGUUCUCGGUCGUUCAGAGUCGGGUGUUUAAUUUGAAUUUCAUCUAUCUUAUGCUAUGUUCACACUAUACUCGAUGGCUUUUGCGCCGCCUCGAAACCCUACUAGCUAGGGCUUCUGUCUCACACAAGAACGGUGAUUUCGGCGCGAUUUCUGUAACGGAGCGAAGCUGCGCCGCGCCGAUCUCGAAAGCCGGUGGAGCGUCACAUAUCAGAAGGUGUGCGUCAUACUUUGGUGCUGUGAUAACUGGCACCUAUUCGGACCCUAGUGGAAGAGAAUAAGUAGGAAAGAGGACUGAAAUUUAGUGCAUCAAACUCUCUCGGCUAACCGCGCCGGCACGAUGCUCCAUGUGUGUGAACGACUUGUGCUGCCCCGUGCCGUUCCUUUUCACACUAGGUAUACCAGAACAUGACCUUAAUUUGCUUUUAUAUUCACUUAGUGAACACUGUUUUUAGUCCCAAAUGGUCGGCUUACAGGAGGUUCGUCUGUACCGUAGAAAAGGAAGUCACCAUUCGCCUCUCGUCUCGUCCGCGACGACAAUCGCGCUACGAGAAUGGCGUAGCGCAACAAUCCGUAAAGAAGCAAUUUUUGGCAUGAAUUGUCGACGACCGGCCAGCGCGAAACCAACUAUUCUCGCGUAGGAAUAGGCAAUGCAUGCUUGCAUGCGUGCAUCACAGCUCUUGUUUGAUAUUAUGUUUGUUUAUGUGACAGACUCUAGUAGCUUUGGACAACAGAAUUGGCGAAAAUGCUACAACAGGAUUCACGAGCAAGUAAGAUUAUGCAAACUGAACACUUUGAGCUAAGUUCCCAUCCUAAGAAAAAGGCAUCUUAAAUGCAGUUAUCUUUGUUUUCCUGAUUAGUGCUAUAUUUAAAGACUUAAUUUGAAUCUUAAUUGUAGUUUUACUAGAGAGAUUAGACACAUGCGCUAAUAUUUCCCGCGAGAACGGUUGGGAUGGUCACUUGCCAUUCGGAAGGAGGCUCUUUUCAAGGAAACGACCAAAGCGAACACGGGAUUUUUUUGGGGGGGACCAUUUACUUUAUUUUGUUCUUGUCAUAUAGAUCCAAUUUUCUAUAUCACAUAUUGAUAUAUUAACUAAUCGAGGAACGAGACGACACUGGAAAGGCAGGAUAAACUGACGGCCAGCGUUAGACGUAUGCGUUAUGCCCGGUGCUUCAUCGCUAAUAUAUCGUCACACUUGCUUAUGCAUCGGAAAGGUGUUUUUGUAGCAUGCAUGUAUCGUGUCUCUCACUGCAUCGUGAUCGUUAUUAUGUUAUAUUAUUAUUGCGUUGCUCUACAUGUUGUACAUGUCAACAGUCGCCCUCUGUAUCGUUUUCGCUUUCUUUUCUGGUCUGUUGUUAGAGGCUCGGAAAAGACUCCAGAGAAAGUGGAAAUUGCUUCUGUGAAACCUGUCUCAGCCACAAUGAAACCCAUCACAGCUACAAAACCGGCUUCUGCAACAACAACAUCGGCUGCGACCACCACUGCAACAUCUAUUGCAGUGAAGAGGAAAUCAGACGCUCCAUCAACACCGCAUUCCAAACGUGCAAGGAAGGACGGAAGCACUUCGGGUUGGUAGUCUUUACGUUUCUUUGAUUUUGCCGAAUGAUUUGUCAUACAAUUCUUAAAAGAACUGCUCUUAUAACAUUGUUACCUUCUGAAAUAUCAGAUACCACCCACUGGCGGAUUACGUUUGUGUUCCGAACAUCCCUAGGUGUUAAUUAGGUUACUUGAGAUCCGACGACGGCAAAGAGAACGGCAAAACAGCAAUAGGUUUAGGUUAGCAAAACAACAACUUCGCACGUGCUUCACGCUUUUUUGUAUAUUUCUCUGCCGUCGUUGCACGACUACAGUGUGAAAAUGCCUGAUUUGACGUUGUGUGGAGGACGGAAACACAAGACAACAACUUUCUUUUACUUUUCCAGAGCUUUGCUACAGUCCUUUAGAAUUCAACUUCAAAAAAAUUUGGCAACAUUUGACGAAUUAAACGAGAUACAAUAAGCUUCAUAAAGUUUAAAGGAGCCAACAAGUCACGUUUUCGUAGCCGUCGCCUUCGACGGAUCUUAAGCUCCCUAGUUACCAUCUGUGGGCAUGUGCCAGAAAGACCCUGUGUGAUAGGGAGGGCCCCACGGCUGAAUUGCAGGGAUUACCAGUCAUGGUAGUACGUGAUCUAGAUAAAGAAGGUGGCGCGUUGUGGACGCUUCUGGAAAUCCCAGAUAUAUCCAAGCCCCCAUUUCGACUUGAUAAGGCGGGGAGUACAGCGAUCCUUCGUAUUGAAACUAGGUUCUCCUUCAACUGUAUUGGUCACUUAGCUCGUAAAAGCUUCAGCUUUUUAAUUUUAGGUGAUAUUAGCCGCAAACAGAAUGUGCACUUCUCAGAUGUGGAAGUAAAUUGAAUCUAUAACUUAAAUGAAGCUUCUGUUUUCUCUGAUCGGCCUGUGUACACACCACAUAUUUUGUAUUUAUUUUUUAUACCCCUUGCUCCUGGACUGUUGAAAACUACUUUUCCGUAAGCGCUAGCACUGCCACUUUAGGGCGUGAGAAAGUCGCAAUUCAAGGACAUCAACUCCAGGAACAGAAUCAAAAACAAAAUUGAAUUAUCCUGGUAGUUUAAAACUAAAAAUAAAAGUGCUGAACGAUAAGAGCAGUUUGCCAGAAAGAAUGUGGGUCACGUCAUCCCAAGCGGAGCCUUUUGAUAUCUUUGUGGCUUGUUCUUAGAUUUUCCUCACAAACACCAAACAAGUUUUUAAACUUUAAAAAGUCAUUUUGUUGGGUUGUUCUAGCUUUAGUAUUCACCAAUCCCUGUUAUCAUCAAUUAUUCUGUAAAUUAUUCAUUUAACUUUUGUUGCUUGUUUAGGCUCGAAAGGAUCCAGUAGCUCCAGCAGUGUGAGUUAAUUUUAUACAUUAUUUUAUUUGCUUCAAAAUAAAGUAAAUAUUGGGCAAUAUAACUGGCUUUUGGAGCCGAUAAAUUGCUUUAUCGAGUGAGCAAUUAUUAGAGACCUUUAGAUUAGACACCUUUGAUGUGACGAUUCAGCUCGUUUUCGAGCAAUGCUGCAGGACAAGUUCCACUUUUUUUGCGUGUUUUUCCGUCCCUUAAGACGAGGACGACUACAAGGACUAGAUUUUCUCAAUACUAUUUAAUGCGCGCGCGCAAACCAGCGUCAUUUUGGCGGGAAAACAUGAUAGCUGUCGUCAUUCUACCACGAGUUUUAGCGAGAACAGAGACCUUUAGAUUCAAGGACGAGAACGACUACGAGUACGAGAUUUUACUUAAAGUUUUUUCGCUGAUUCUCAAAUUAUAGACACCUCGGAAAGCUUCAUUGUACUUCUUUUUCACUAAAAAAUUAGCACUGCUAUCUUUACUGAAGGAGCUUAAGCCGGCCGCAAAAUGAUUAAUUAAAGCUCUAACACUUUAUUACUUGUUUCCGUUACCACGACAUUCUCGCUAAAACUCGUAGUAGAAUGACGACGGCUAUCAUGUUUUUACACCAAAAUGACGCCGUUUCACGUGCAAACCCUACUUAGUAUUGAGAAAAUCUCGUACUCGUAGUCGUACUCGUCUCAGAAUAUAAAGCUCUCUAAUGUCUUAGUGGCGGGAACAAGUUAUCAAAUGUCACUCAGAAGUUUUAUAAUUUUGCAAACGGGAGAGGGUUUAACCUUCUUCGAUAAAAAUAAACUAUAUCUUAAGAGUAUUCGAAGAAACUUGGAAGUUAAAUCUAGUCAUCAUCGUAGUUAUCCUCGUCCUCGAAUCUAAAGGUCUCUAUUAUAUUCGUGACUGCGCGACGCAAUCAAUGUAAUGUGACUGCUCGAUGUAAUCGUUAUGUCAGCCCACAAUUGACCUACCCAUCGUUGUAGUUCCCAUCAGCUUUCUCGGGCUGCCACCCUCGUUUCUCGCGUCUCGCGGCUUCGCCGCUCGAUGUUCGCGCGCGCGUGCACUCCCUUCACUAAAUAUGAAGAAAAUGAGAGACUGCUCGCAGUCUACAGUAGAGCAUCCAACUAGUGUCUGGAAGGUCGUGGGUCUACAGUAGAGCAUCCAACUAGUGUCUGGAAGGUCGUGGGUCUACAGUAGAGCAUCCAACUAGUGUCUGGAAGGUCGUGGGUCUACAGUAGAGCAUCCAACUAGUGUCUGGAAGGUCGUGGGUCUACAGUAGAGCAUCCAACUAGUGUCUAGAAGGUCGUGGGUCUACAGUAGAGCAUCCAACUAGUGUCUGGAAGGUCGGGGGUUCAAUUCCCAGUUCUUCUCUCCACACAUAUCAUUUCAUUUAUUGACAACUUUAUUGAUGGAAAAUCGUUUGUGUUUAAAGUCCAAACAGCGCGAAGAUAGGACAGAUCAGGAGGAAACUACUGAUGCUUCUUCGCACAUUAGACAUUCCGUUGCAAUUCCUUAUCCUGUACCACAGAAAAACCUUACAGUUCAGGUAAAUAAAAUCUCAAUAACUGUGAAACAAUGUUUCGCUGCGGUUAGAUUCAUCUUAAAAGCGGUUCCUUGAGUCGCAAUUGAGAACAAUUAAUAAAUAUAACAUUUCUCCUUAAUAUUUAUUUUUGGCCGUACUAAACGCAUUUUCCAUACUUUAUCAUAGAUCAAAGGUUCCGGCGGUGAACCCGGGUUAACCCUGGACUUAGAAAACAACCUGGCAAGCCAAGGUAAACAUUGGCGUUUUUGUACUGACUUGAUUCUAUGCCGGGCCAUCAAACGAGGUUAAGUGUUGUGCGCAGUCUAAGCAAUGCGUACUAAAACCUAUUUGUUGCACAUUUUCGAUUAUCCAAAUUUCACAGUCGAAUGUUACGUGUAUCAGUCACAGAUGUCUCCUUUACCAUGUUCUUAAGGUGAAUUUUUUUUGUGUUGGAAAGACUCGCUAGGAUAACCACAAAGCUGAAAUGAACUCGACUCCGUAAGCCUGAUAGCCGGAUCGAUUUUUUAAAAAAUUGAGCGGAGGUAUUGUGGUUGCAAUAGAGCAAUGUCAGAUGUUCCCAGUAUUGUAUGGUAAUGUUCUUAGCAGUUUUAGAAACAGAUAACCCAUCUAAAUAACCAGUGGCCAACGUCGCGAUGCCGUGAACGUUAUCUUGAGAACUUGUAAAGCUUUGGUUACCUUGAUGUAAUUUCGAGGGGUUUGAAGGUAUUUCCACGUUUAACGUAACUUCCAAGAAACGAGGAAAGAAGUUUAAUUUCUUUUGUUAGUGUUCGUUUGUUAAUUUUUUUAUUUGUAAACAAACACUACGCGUAGUCCCUCUUUCUGUCAAAAACAAGAUGAUCAAUGAACCUGUGAUUUUUGUAGGACCGAGAGUACACGUACUGAAGUGCUCUACGGCUGGAAAGCCCCUGUGGGAGUCUGUAGUUAUGAGUCCUGGAAUAGCAUUGGCCGGAAAUAGGUAGUGUAUUGAACUAUUUAAACUGUGCCUUAGUUCAUUACUUGUGGUGUUAGUUCCCUUCCUAACCCUUUUUAAUCUUUUGUAUGUUUUCCUGCCCUUUUUUACCGUUGCCUAUUUUCCUGGCCUUUAUUACCGUAAUGGGGGAAAAGCUGGGGGCUUAUAACCUGACUAAAAAAAGUGUUUCAAAACAAGCUACAUAGAGGUGCUGAACAAAAUACUUUUUGAAUUUGAUCGCUUUUUUAAGCCUCCAUCAAAACGUCGUAAAAAGUCGAAUUCAUUUCGGAAUGGUCACCUGAGCUAUUUAAAAAUUCAAAUGGGAACGAUCACUUUUCUCGCGGUGCUAAUAGUUUGGGGAUUUCACAACUACUUUGUUUUCUGUCAUCAUCUUAUUUAGACAAGUGAUCUGCGUGGCUUGUGAGAACAGAAGUAUCGAUCUCUUUUCAUCCUCUGGGCGGAAGUAAGUAGUGUUCAUAACUAUGUGCUUUCAAACGUGUGACAAGUGGUUUGCAACAGAUAGGGAGGUGAGUACCUAUUGGGUUAAAGCGCCUUCCACAUGGCGUUCGUUGGACUAAACACGCUGACGAUAGCAGCUACAUUCCGUUUUAGCUUUUUCGAUGCUCUGGACGCACUUAAGAGUAGCGAAUGGUGUUACUGACUAGGAACCAGUGGUUCAUACCGCCAUAUUACCGCACGUUCUUGAUUUUAGAAAGGGUUUGAGCGGUGCGGUGAGGUGAAUUUAUUUAACCUCGAAACGUAGACCGCUAUAAAGUUUGAGUUUAUAGGUCAUUGGGUACUUACUUUUCAUCCUCUUCAACUUACCAACACCUUUGGUUAGGUUUUGCAACAAGCAAUGCAUGGAAAACAAACCCAAGCAUUGAGAAAGGGGUAGAGUGGAUGUGUUCGAGACAGUUAUGUGAUCUCAGUUGUACUCAGUGCUUACGCAUUCCUUUGUUAGGGGGAAUUGGUAGCACUUCCUCUCUUCUGAUCAAUUUUGAAGAAGGAGAAAUCAAUACCAGAAAGCUCAGAAAAACGUUGGAGCUCCAGUUGAGAAUCGAACCCCCGACCCUUCGAGUUCUAGACUGGAUGCUCUAAUCACUGAGCUACUGGGAGCAUUAUAGAGGGCAGGGUCUUCACAUUUAAUUUAUAAAUCUAAUUAUAAUUGCUAAGCUUUGCCAGGUAAAGAACUUAAAGUUGCCUUUAUGUUUGUCAAUGUAGAAUCCUUCCGUCCAUGGUCUUGGACUCGCCAGCCUCUAUCCUACAGUGCAGCCGUCAUAAUGUCAUGCUUGUCACUUCCGCUGGAGGGGUAUAUGUUUGGUGAGUACUAAACGAGGCUCUCUUAUUGUUAAAAAGAACCUAGCAAUGAAAAUGCGUUGGAUAACUAAUUUUGAUAACGUUCUGUAAAUCCUCAAAGCAUACUUAUAUCAACGGAAACCUUUAAAUAAGUCAUCAGGUUUUGUGAAUGUCGUUAAGGACGUUAUCUGUUCCCAAGUUGCGUAUGGUCAGAAUGGCUGGCAACUUUUCUUGCGGUGUGGUGGGUUCGAAUCCAUCCGGAAGUCUGGAUUUGGCUUUUUCCCAUUCUCAUGACGUCAUGACCAUUUCGUAUGUCUCGCUUUUUAUAUAUAUUUAUUAAAUUAAUUUAUUUUUUGUUUAUUAAGGACGAACGCUAUCUUGUCACGCUCAGUCAAUCUAAAUAUGUGCACUUGUGUAAGCCGAACUUUGCUUAAUCCGCGACAGUUUACUGAAAUUAGUAUUUCUUUCGCAGGGAUACGAAACGAGUAAUCGCGGUGUUGAAGAAUGAGCCGGUCCUGCCACUUUUGUCGGGUUAGUCUGAAAAUUCAACACCGCUUAGCAUUAAUGUCAGCUGGAGCUUUUUUCUUUUCUGGUUGACCAUAAAUAGCGCUCUCGUUUAACAUUUGCUUAUUCAGUGUCUGUUCUCUUUGCAGGCCCUGAUAUCACGAUAACCCGAGCCUCGAUAUCAGACCGAGGAUUUCCUAUAAUAACUCUGUCUAAUCACGCUUCUUAUUCCUUCGACACGGCUGUCGGAGCCUGGUAAGGGAACGAACUACGUUGGCUUUUAGAAUAGACUACCUCUUUUUAUUCAGGAACGUACGAGAAGGUAGAAGGGAUCUUAAAAAGUAAAUUCGCCUUUUUUUUCAAUCUUUAUCGCCAUUAUUCCAACUCACAUUAAUACUUUGUCAAAUGUAAUUGAACUCUCCCCGAGUUAAUUUCCUAACAACCGCAUCCAAGGUCAUAAAGAGAAAGAAAAUUUCGUUGUGAUGUCGCUUGUUUACGUCCUCCUAAAACGUAAAAUUAAGCAUUUUCACAUCGCAGUCGUGCAGUGACGGCAAAGAAAUGUACAUAAAAGAGUGAUUCACGUUCAAGGUUGUUAUUUUGAAAACCUAUUGCUUUUUGACGUCCUCGCUGCCGUCGCCGUCGUCGAAUCGUAAAGUCCCCAAUGUAAAUGAAGUACACAACCGUGGCUUUGCGUUAGUUCAGUUGUUAGAGCGCGCCUCUCACAGGUAGAAUAGGAUGUGAAGGGUUCGAUUCCCGGAAACGGCCCAUUUUGUAGGAUCUUGUAAUAACUCAGGGGAAAAAGUACUGCUUUUGCGUCAGAUCUUUGCGUGGCCAGGAAUAUCUCGCUGUGUUCAAGGGUUGACGUGACAGCAUUUUUCUCAUAGCGACUUGUUCUAAAUUGUUGUUCUUAUUAAAAGUCUAAGUACUUGUGUAUGGCUGAGUCAACGGAACAGACUACAUGUAUAAAGUUUAAAAAACGUUUCUCUCUUUUGAUUUAUUGAUUUUUUUUCAGGGUUCAGCUGAUUUACUCUGAUGAUCUCUUAGCUAUCAACUCCGACCACCAAUCUGUAGCGCCGUCCCAGGAUCCCCUGCAGACCAAGGGACCUCUUGCGCAGCUUCAAGGACAAAGUUCAAGGUGUCCAGCCUUACUUUCGGCUCUGCCAGAGUUUAUUAAUAUAGUAAUCCUUCCUUCAAGAUCUCUUUUGGGAUAGACUGCGAUCGGUCUCUCUUUUGCUCGAAAAUCAGUGAAAGCGCGCGCGGCAUCGUGAGUGUGCGAGCGGCGAAACAGUGAGUUAUGCGGACUUGCAUUAUCGCGCCCGAGAGAGACUGCUCGCAGUCUACUUUUGGGAAAUGUAAGAAAGUCAUUGCUUUGGUUGAGUACUGUGCAAUUUGAACAUUUCGCAGGUUUGGGCGUCAGUCCUCAAGGCUUUUCCGCUCUAAUCCAAGCAGACAACAGUCCUCUACAGCAGUUCACAUAGAGGUAGGUUACUUGUCAGCAGCCAUGUAGUAGUAGCAAUUUUCUUUGGAGCUGCAGUCAGGUGUAUUGCGGUUUCUUACAGCGGCUACGUUCUGCGAUUUUUUAAAAGUCUGUUAUCCUUCGCCUAGGUGGAUAAUAGUCUGCUCAAUCUGCAUAAUUCUUCACAUCAUGCUCAGCCUCUUCCAAUAGUUACUUAUUAUAUAUUAAGCAGCUGCCUAGGAGUAACGGUCACAUACACACACAGACGCACCCGUGUUUGUGGUUGGCCAAACUACCCAGCUGUACGUUCCCAACACUUUUCGAAAAAUAGCGUGAGUUUUUCACGUUCCACAAAAAUCAGUGAAGAGCUGUGAGACGGAGCCUAUGGUUUUUCGCUGAAAGGCUCCUACUGAGAUAAGCUUUUCCUCUGUACUCAAAAACAAAGGGUACUUUUGCAUGGCGAGGCACAGGCGUUAAUGUUGGCUGAGAAAAAGUUAUUAAGUCGCGUUAUCAUGCCAAGACAGUGUGGUCUUUUCAUUUCUUUAUUUUGUCUCUUAUAGAACCAGCUGUCGUCUUGCGUUGCACUGGGAUCUGGAAAAGAGUAUUGCUUCUGGCUCACCACUUACGUACGAUAUCUCUCUCAAGCAGGUUAAUACGUUUUCCUUUCCGAAAAUACGUUUAUCGAAGAUAAGGUCUCCACUUCGAUGCUAUAAUAAUGGUAUGGGUACAAGAAAAAAGAGUAGAUGGGGUUUUGAUAGUCAAGAAAGUAAAGUAUUUGAAAGGUCUUUUUUUCGUUGCCAGGAAUGAGUAUCGUAAUAGAUCGCCAAGAUUUUGAUAGAAACUUUUUAAAUAUUUAUGAAGGGACGCAAGUCGAAGAGGUUAGGAUUUGCGCCAAAUGGGUUUUUAAUGGGACUUGUGGGCUGAACCAGGCUGGAGAAAACUUAACCUGGUCCAGGCUCCUGGCUAGUCGAGAUAAGCGUAAAAAAGCGACUGAAAAGAAAAGUUAAGACUCGGGCGAGAGAGAGCUUGCUCGCAGAAUAUAGCAGGAACUAAAAUGUAGUGCAGUUUUGUUUAAAGCUCUCCUGAAUCGUCUCUCUAGAAACCUUUUGGCAGUCUUGAAAUUUUACAAGUCACGCAAUGUGCAUAGCGUGAUGUGACGUCCGUGCCUUUGCUGGUUUGUCUGUCAGUGGUUCAGUUUUGUAAGAGACAUGUUAAAUUCAUGCCUUAUUUUGUCUCAUGUAGGGUUCGAAUCACGGUUACGUGAAGUUUGUGAGGAGCUUCUUGGACCACCGCACAGGUAUCGUGUUUCUCCUCAAUUAUUUUUUCUGCCUUGUACUUUGUUCCUUCCUCAUGAGAAUAAUUUCAUCGGGAUUUGUAUUGUGUUCUACGUUGAAAAUGGGAACUCCAACUAAACUCAAGCAGAAUUUUAGCUAGACUGUAAGAAGUGGAGCCAUUCAACUGUUUACUCCGUCUAAUUGCAGCACUUCAAGUCGUUCAAAAUUUGCGUUUAUUCUAGACGCUUUCUUGCAGCUGCAAGACUAUUGUUUUUUUUUUCGUGCUUUCUUCUUUGGGGACGCUGGGGGGGUGACAAGUUAAUUAUAAGAAAAACCUCCCAUGACGUAAGCAUCGCAGUAUCUCCGGAUAGAGAAGAGAAGUGUUACAUCACAAAAAUUCAAAUUUGUGAAAUUAUGGGAUUGGAUAGAAUACUCCGAAAGAACAAGAUGAAAAAGCCCCCUUUCCGAAAAUCAGCCUUUUAGUGCACUGAAAUUGGCGGGGAGAUAAUUAUAAGCACCUUUUAUGCUCAGAGGACUCCACACAAAUCCUUCUAAAUUUGGCUGGGGUCGAAACGUGACGCUCCAGGCUUAUUUUUGAAGGAUUUAUAAUAAUGGAGUCAUUGGAGCAUACAAAGCUUUGAUCUCCCCAGAAAUUUGCACUAACAGGCUGAUUUUUGGCAAGUGAGUGUUUUUCAUCGUGUUCUUUCUGGAUAUGCCAACAUAUCCCAUAAUUUCACUAUUUUUGUGACGCCGUACCUUCUCUUGUCCAUUGCUUUACAUGAUACUGGUUGAUUCAUCGUUCCAUCUGCUCAGGUGUUACUAACAUUGUAUUACUGAGGAAGGUGGCUAUAUUUCACUCACUCUACAGAUCUGUUGGACCCCAGGACAAAAGCACAAACUGGAACCCCUCCAUUCUGGUGAAUAAAAAUUUCGAAAAAUGAAAAUAAAAAUUAUCUUUCAUUGCUCUGUUGAUAAAACUGUUAAGCGAAAGUACUUACCUUGUGAUGUAUUUACAUUUUAGGGCUACCAGAAAAGGAACCUUCUUCGCGAACUUUUACCUCAUAUUGGUAAGUAUUAUUGAUGUUUUUUGAGGUUUAUUGUAUAAUUGGUUUCUUCUGAGUGUUCACUUUCAUGAGGUAUUACUUUACUAGCAGCUAAACACCAUUAUUUAUACAAAUGUUCGUUUCUAAAGUGUCCUUCGUUUUGCCAACAAACUCGUGUCUCCGGCGCGAGUUUUUAAGCGCAACCCCCUCCCCCUCCCCCCAAGCGAAAUUGCGCUCUGCCGUUGCUGGUCUCGCAUAUGAAAUUUUAGAAUUUGUUCAUGCUUUAUGUGUGUAUAUCGAGUUAUGGAUGCACGCGGGAAGUUUGGAGAGCACGAAAGAUGCGUAAGAGUUGCUCAAGGCGGAGCAACUCUCCCGACCCAACUGACUCCUCCCGGGUCUCCGUGGAUGACGAGUCUAUGCCAAAUUGUCGUUGUUGAUUUUAGUUCUUUUUUUAUUUGAAAAUAUCCCGAGGCAAACUUUUAAACGAAUUCUAGCUACUGCCCAACCUGGCGGCUUUUGUUUGAGACUAGCGAGCAGCAGACCUAUUUCACUCAGAUGGGCUCGCCAGAUCUUACUAGGACAUUUUUGCCUUGCUUUCAUGCGGCUUAAAAGCUCUGUUGACAAUUACCUCGCGGGCUCAAAAAAGUGCUCUCUUUUCGCAAGCCUUCGCAACCUUUGCAAAUUCUUUGGCCUGUUUUCUCAGUACUUGAUAACAUGCAUUCUGUGAUUUCAUGGGCAGUCUGUGCAUGUUCUCAAGCGUGAGAAAUCGAGAAAAGGGCUUGUCGGUGCAAAAUCUUGGCGUCGAAUAGCAUCUUGACGUCUCAGUGCCAUCAUGGUGAGCAUUUUUCGUACCGUUCCUCAUGUCAGCGAAAACGUAUCUUAUACCAUCAAAUGUCGAAUAAUAUGCGAGUGCAGAAUGAUAUUCAGACACCCGACACUAGACCCAGCCGUACCGAAUGUGACUUACAUUUUAUUUGAACUUCUCAAAGUCAGCGCGCGCAUGUAACGUUACGUCGUUGUUUUGACGUUACAUUGCGCUUAAGCAUCUGCUCGCAGCACUUAACUUUCCUUUAAGAAAAACUAGACUAUAGACGCUAUAGUAAGUCGUAGCCUUUUAAUUUGAAUCCACUUUCUGUGGAGAGAUUUACAUGUGAUUUGUUAUCAUAUCGUUUCAGGGACAAACAUACGUCUACAGAGGCUUUUUACAGAGUUUAGAGAGCAGCUAGAUGCGCUAAAUGUGCGGUAACAUAUUUUUUGGAGAGACGGUGAGGCGUUACUCAGAAAUAGAUUGUACUGACUAUAAUAUGUCUUGACCUUUGGUGUAUGCCGUAACUAAUGGUGUAUUGCGUGACUCAUUGAGUACAUGCUCAGCGUGACCUAUAUUUUACCUGCGGAGAGUGCUGGUGCAACCUAUUAUGUACAUCUCAAGUUAUGGUGUAAAACGUUAGACGCGGUAAUGCAUUCUUGGUCGAAGCAGAUCGUGAAACACUUUUUAGAGACAUAGCCUACUACAAGAAAGUUGCUGUUUGGCGUGGCCAAUAAUGUGAUAGAGUAUUGCGUGACCUAUCGCUCACAACUCCCACGUGACCGUUAUUGUACCUGCGGUGUACACCGGAGCUACCUCUGAUGCAUAACCUGAAUGUAACGGGACACGCAAGACCUGCUGUAUGGAGACAGCCACGGAUUUGAACCAAAAUUGUACGCAUGCGUUAGGCCAGUUGGUUUGUUAUUUGGUGUCGUGCUAUAUUAAGCCGAGUGGUGCUGUAAGGCUCGUGUGCAGAAGAGAUAGGAAGUUACUCGUAAAAAAGUAACGCUGUUGGCCUUUAUGCAUUAUUGCAACCAUGGUUGAAUGCCUAGUGACUUUUUCCGGCACUCUGUAGUGAAAAUCUUACAAGAAACCAUUCCGGUCUACCAAUGGCUGAUAUAAAAUGCGAGAAUGAUAUAAAGGUAUCGUGAGACUUGUUCUUAAGCAUAUUACUUGUGCCCACAAGUGGUGAAAAGCCUACAAAAACUCAGCGUAGUAAAUGUUUCUCGUCACUGUUAAGGGUGUCAAACUUUGUAAGCCUGAAAGGCUACUUUAACCGAACUUUGUUUAAGAAAUGUACAUACACGCGGAAAACAUCGUGUUCGAGACUAAGAUUUAGAAGAUCUGUCUGCUUUAGUCGCAACUUUAUUUAGACAAAAUAAAAGUGGC